GGGAGGCGGGGCGCGGUAACCGACGCCGGGGACCCCCGCGGCCGGGGAGCCUGCGCCCGGCGCUUCGCGCGCAGGCGUUACUCGGCGGGGCCGUUAGCCGCCCGUGGCCUCGGCGGCGAGGCCUCCCGGAUGCCGGUUGGCGCUCUGCGGAGCAGAGCGGAGGCUGGGCCCAGGCCGCGGGCAGGGUGGGAUGCCGACGGGCCGCUCGCCCGCGGAGCUGGAGGCGGCGGCGGCGGCGGCGGGGAUGGACGCCCUGGAGGAAGAGAGCUUCGCGCUGUCCUUCUCUUCCGCCUCUGAUGCAGAAUUUGAUGCUGUGGUUGGAUGCUUAGAGAACAUUAUCAUGGAUGACGAGUUCCAGUUAUUACAGAGAAAUUUCAUGGACAAGUACUACCAGGAGUUUGAAGACACGGAAGAGAAUAAACUCACCUACACACCUAUUUUUAACGAAUAUAUUUCUUUGAUAGAAAAGUAUAUUGAAGAACAGCUCCUGAAGCGGAUUCCCGGCUUUAACAUGGCGGCUUUCACAACAAGUUUACAGCACCAUAAAGAUGAAGUGGCUGGUGACAUAUUCGACAUGCUGCUCACCUUUACAGAUUUUCUGGCUUUUAAAGAAAUGUUUCUGGACUACAGAGCAGAAAAAGAGGGCCGGGGACUGGACUUAAGCAGCGGUUUAGUGGUGACUUCACUGUGCAAAUCAUCUUCUACACCAGCUUCCCAGAACAAUCUGCGGCCCUAGGUCCCACCUCCAGGCAGUAGGAUCUUUCUGAACGUCGCCAGCCCAAUAGACUGGGAGAGGGGUUGGCUAAUGAUGACAGAAGAACACAUCUUGGAAAGACUGA